AUGGUUAAGUACUGGUCGAGUAAAGGUCGAGUACAAGUUCAGACUGUUAAGUAUGGUCCAGACUACAGUCGAGUACUAUCGAACAUUCUACCACGUGACUGCAGUGAUCUUCCAAUAGGAAGCCAAUCAGGAGUUUAUACUAUAAACCCAAAAAACAAGACGUUUGAUGUUUACUGUGAUAUGGAUACAGCAGGAUUUGGUUGGACUGUUUUCCAGAACAGAAUUAAUGGAACUGUCGAUUUUAACAAAGGAUGGUGUGAUUAUGAAAUUGGUUUUGGAAACUUGGAGUUUUGGUUGGUAAAUAAAUUCAUUAAUCUUCUGACGUCAUCCGGAAACUACAAACUUUACAUUCACCUUAAAGAUUUUGACGGGAAUUCGAGAUAUGCAGAGUAUAACGAAUUUAUUGUCGGUGAUGCCUCAACACACUAUACUUUGAAAAUAGAUGGAUUUAGCGGAAAUGCAGGAAAUAGCAUGAUGGUUGCUGGUUAUACAACCAACAGCAUGAUGUUUUCUACCUCAGACAAGGAUAACGACAAAAGUAGCACAUCAUGCGCAUUCCGGUAUAGCAGUGGAUGGUGGUUUAAUGCUUGUUUCACAUCCAAUUUGAAUGGGGCAUAUUUACAAGUCAGUGAUGUUGUCUCACCUGCAGCCUCUGGAAUCAAUUGGUUAACAAUUACAGGAAAUCAUAAAUCGCUGAAGUCGACUACAAUGAUGAUAAAACAAAAAUAA